AUGCAAAAAGUUUUAGGUAAAAGUAGUGAACAUUUUGGAAUUGAAACUGAUGCGAUAACUCUACAACGUAUGGUAUUACAUGAUCAACGAAAACAUCCAAAUGCUUCGGGAGAUUUAACUAAUCUUCUUACUUCUUUACUUACUGCCAUUAAAGCAAUAUCAUCAGCAGUACGUAAAGCUGGCAUUGCGAGACUUCAAGGAAUGGUUGGCAAACAAAACGUUCAGGGUGAAGAUGUGAAAAAAUUGGAUGUUUUGAGCAACGAACUUAUGAUCAACAUGUUAAAAUCUUCUUAUGCAGCGUGCGCUCUUGUUUCUGAGGAAAAUGAACAAGUAAUUGAAGUGGAAGUAUCACGACAAGGAAAAUAUAUCGUAACAUUUGAUCCGUUAGAUGGAUCAUCCAAUAUAGAUUGUCUGGUUUCGAUUGGCACAAUUUUUGGAAUUUAUAGAAAAUCAACUGAAGGAUCAGUAACAAUAGAUGAUUUAUUGCAAACUGGGAGGAAUAUGGUUGCAGCUGGAUAUGCUAUUUAUGGUUCGGCAACUAUGAUUGUUCUUUCAACUGGAGCUGGUGUUAAUAGUUAUAUGCUUGAUCCGAGCGUUGGCGAAUUUAUCCUAACUCAUCGUCAUAUGCAAAUACCAAGGAAGGGAAAAUACUAUAGCAUAAAUGAGGGUAACGCUGCAUCAUGGUCAAAAGGACUACAAGAAUAUAUAAAUGCAAAAAAAUAUCCUGGGGAAGGUAAAUCGCCGAUGGGAUUGCGAUAUGUUGGAUCGAUGGUUGCUGACGUUCAUCGAACAUUUCUUUACGGUGGAAUUUUUCUAUAUCCUGGAUCGAAAUCCGCUCCUAAAGGAAAGCUUCGUCUCUUAUAUGAGGGAAUACCAAUGGCAUUUCUUGUUGAACAAGCUGGCGGAAUAGCGACGACAGGCAAGGAAGCGAUUCUAGAUGUAAAACCAACAUUCAUACACGAUAGAAGUCCGGUCUUCCUGGGCUCAAUAGAUGAUGUUAAUGAACUCUUGGAAUAUCUAAAAAAGUACGACCCUUGA